ACUCUUCCCAAAAUCAAUAUAAGUAGAGAAAGGAAGCACCCUCUUAGUUUGUAUCACCACCACAACAAAGCACCAACAAACAAAGAAACACAGCUAGAGAAAGCAUUUUGUCAAAAGACUUUGAGACCAAAAAUGUCUUCUGAUGAGAAUCAGGGAACCCCAGCCUCCGUGGUAAAAGCUGCGUACUGGUAUCCAGAUGGAGAGACCCCUGAGGCCAUAACUUCGGCCGAAACCAUUCCCUCAGCUCUCUUCACUCACCUUUUCUGCGCCUUCGCCGAUAUCGCGACUGACGGCUACAGAGUUUAUAUCCCCCCAAAGCACGAAUACAUGUUUUCCACUUUCACUGACACCGUCAAGAUUAAAAACGACCAGGUGAAGACCCUCUUGUCGAUCGGCGGAAGAAAUGGAAACAAUUCUACGCUUGCGUCCUUGGCAAGUAAACAGCUGCUUCGCACAAUGUUCAUUAAUUCUUGGAUAUGGAUCGCUAGAUCUAACGGAUUCCAUGGUCUCGAUUUAUCAUGGGAGUACCCAAACAGUGAUGCUGAGAUGAACGACUUUGGGGACCUAAUUAGAGAAAUGCGAGAUGCGGUUGACGCCGAGUACUCGCUCACCAACCGACCGAUUUUGCUGUUGACGGCUGCCGUUUACUACUCCCCGGUCUACAAGAAGUUUACCUACCCAGUUGAAGUGAUGAAAGAUAGCUUGGAUUGGGUAAAUAUCAUAGCUUAUGAUUUUUGCGGUCCGUCCAUUACUACCCCUGGUCUGCCCGCUUGUCUGUAUAAUCCUUGGGAUAAAGAUCCAUGCGGAGACUCUGGUUUGAAACAGUGGAUUAAGGCCGGACUUCCAGAGAAGAAAGCAGUCUUUGGAUUCUCAUACCUUGGCUUGUCCUGGUCCUGGAAUGCCGAAGACGACAAGGAUCACGGUAAUGAUGCUGCAGCCAUCACCCGAGGGGGAGUAGCAUUGUCACCUAACGGUUCUAUCAGCUAUAGUAAGAUAAAGGAGUUCAUAAAGGAUUACGGACCUACAACGGAACAUGACAAGGUAGUGGUCGAAGAUUACUGUUUCUCCAAGGAGAUUUUGAUUAGAUACGACGAUACUCAGAGCGUCGUGACGAAAGUGGGAUACGCUAAGCAGAACGGUCUGCUUGGUUACUUUGCCUGGAACGUUGGAGCUGACGAUAACACUCUUCUAUCCACCGCAGCAUCGCAAGCAUGGGAUGCUUAAUACACACAACCAUCGGAGGAGUUCCACAACGGAAAAAAAAGUGAAUGAAAAAAUAAAUAGAUAAAAGAGGAGUGAAGAAUAAAGGGAAACACGUUUGCUUAUGUUAUUGCUGUCUACUUAUGUUUUCUAAAAUAAAUAAAAAAUAAGAAUGCUUGCUUAUAUUAUUGUAAACAAAAUUAAUUAAAUUGGAAAAAUCUUUUUGUGCAUUUAUUCUG